UUUAGGUAGAAAAAACUGAUAUACAAAGCAAGAUAAUUUAAUCUCCUCGGGCUCAUUUUAAGAUGGGAACUAUUGUUUGUAUAUUCAAGAUGGAGGUUCGACGCUGGGAGGUUUGUUCAUAUAGCAGAGUGUACUGGGUGCACUUUUCAUGUCACCAGCAGUAGAGAAGUUGUCAAGUCUUUCGUGAGGCAAGACUUGAGGAGCAAGGACUUUCUGUCAUGACUAGUACAGGAGUGAAGUUACCCACCUUGUUCACUAUUAACCAAUUCUGACCAUAAACAAUAAUCUUUGCUUUGACCACACUUUUCUCUAACCAUCUACAUGCAAAACGACAAUGAGUUCUUCUUCACCUGUGGAUCAUGUUGCAUCACCUGUUAGCCUCAGCACUGCCGCCGGUAGCCAAAUUUCAUUUGAAAAAGAUGGUGAAAAUUAUAAAUGUUCUAUAUGUGGUAAAGCUUUUGGUUAUAAAAAUGGUCUUAUUCGACAUGUACGCCUCACCCAUGAUAAAGAACGUCCAUUUCAGUGUGACAUAUGUCACCGUCGAUUCGGCUAUAAGAAUAUCUUACUGGAACACCAGAACAUUCACUUUGGUAUUAAGCCUUAUGCUUGCAACCUCUGCGACAAAAAAUUUGCUGCUCGCUCCAAUCUGGUGCAGCAUCGUCUGAUACACAGGAAGCCGUAUUGCUGUCGAAUGUGCAACAGACGAUUCGACAAAGAAGUCCAGUUGCAGCGCCACCUGCUCACCUGUCAAGGCGAAGCAUUGCAGUGCAGUAUUUGUAAUUACGCAGCUAGCAAUCAAACAUCACUGAAUGCGCACAUUUUUGAAGCUCAUCCACCUCAGUAUUACGAUACACGAGACAAAAACCGGGUUGAUCUUGCGGGUGGAGAUAGUACGGCAGGCAGUCUGUCGAUUGUGUCCACCUGCUCGGCAAACGAUAACAGCAGUGGUGGUUCAGGCAUAGACAGUGUCCUCUCUUACAACUUGCAGCUGAGCACUGAGACGGAAUCUAUGCGCAAGAUAGACAAUAUCUGCUCACAGCUUGCUAGUCGCAGUAACAGCACGACGCCUUCCAAUGACAGUGUUGUCGGAGGAGCCACUAUUAAACAAGAACAGCCUUCACCAUCAUAUGAUUCACAACCAGUAUUUCCAGUUGGUAUCAGUGUCUCAAAUAAUGAGCGCUGUUUUGUAGAAAACCAGCAGAAGCAGUACAGUAACAAUGGCAACAGCAGCAAUGGCAGUUCGAGUGGUGUGACGUCGGAGGCUGCAUGCCGUUUGACUGUAUCCAGGCUGGACAACACAAGCAAUCACCGGAGCAGCAGUCCUCCACAUCCGGCUCUUGCGUCGACGACCAUUGACGAGAUGAUGCAGGUGGUAGAAGUGCCGGCUACUCCCGACCAGCCUGUCUCAAAUCGGUGUUACACUGUGCCAUCACCACGCGACCUCAUACCCAGCAACAUUGCCGACUCGACGAGCAGCCUGUCAGAGAUGCUCUCCAUGCUCCAGAACCUGAUCCAGAAGUCCCAGGAGCUGGAGCCAUCCUCGUCGGGUGGUUUCUCUGUUGCAAUCACACCGAGGAAAUCGACAAAGGAUGUUGCAACGCAAUUCGCGACCCCAAUCGACGGCGUGCCUUUACUGGAAGAUACCUUAGCCUACUACAUGUCCCAGGGUAAGAUUUACAAGUGCAACCAUUGCGGGAUUAUUUUUCAGGAGCGAGGCAUGUACUUCCUGCACAAUUCACUGCAUGGGGCGUACAAUCCGUGGGAGUGUAGCAUAUGUCACAAAGUGUGUGCGGACAAGAAUGAUUUCAAUCUACAUUUUGUUAACCAGCAACAUGUAUAAAAAAUUAAAAAAACCAAAAAAAUUUUUUUAAAUGCGACAUGUAAA